UUAUUAGGAAACGGACAAUCGACUCAGCUUCCUUGCUUCCCCCCAUUCCUUUUGACCUUUUCCCCAAAUAACAAUAACAAUUUUUAAAAAACGUAAAGGAGAAAAGGCCAUAUACAGACUACAUGAAGAUUCUUGAUCCAAAAUUAUCAUCAAAUUGUUGAUAUUCAAAUCAUAUUCUAAGGCAUGGGCUGCAAAUGAGAAGUUCUCAGUAAAUAUUGGGGUUCUUCAGCGAGUCAGCUUAAAGCUCUAAAAUAAACAAGCCUGGUUGAUAUCAUUUUUGUGAAAGCUAGCUAUGGCAUCGUCUGCUGACUCAUGGAUGCGAGAAUUCAACGAAGCAUCCAAACUUGCUGAUGAAAUUGGUUCUAUGAUUUCUGCGAGGAGCUCUUUGCCCUCUUCCGGACCUGAAACACAACGUCAUUUAUCUGCAGCUCGGAGAAAAAUCACUAUAUUAAAGACAAGGCUUGAUACUCUCCAGUCCCUUCUGCCAACGCUCCCAAGCAAGCAGCCUUUAACCAAAAAGGAGAUGAAACGUCGUCAUGACAUGCUUGAUAAUAUGAUAACGAAAGCUAAUCAGAUGGCAACUACACUCAACAUGAAUAACCUUGCAAAUAGGGAUAGCUUGCUUGGCCCAGAAACUAAGCGACCUGAUGUUAUCAGUAGGGCAACUGGUCUUGACAACCAGGGUCUUGUAGGUUUUCAACGACAAGUUAUGAAAGAGCAGGAUGAGGAUCUUGACAAAUUGGAGGAGACAGUGACAAGCACAAAACAUGUUGCUUUAGCAAUCAAUGAGGAGCUGAACCUACAUACUGCACUGCUGGAUAACUUAGAUUACCACGUUGAUACAACAAACUCCCGGCUCCAGAGAGUACAAAGGAAAUUGGCAUUUAUGAAUAAACGCACAAAGGGCGGUUGUACUUGGUUGUGCCUUUUGGUCAUAUUCAUCGUUAUUCUAGCUGUUGUCAUCUUCCUAUUGGUAAAGUACUUGUGAUAAUCCACGAUGGUAAAGUAUCAUCCGAUUCUUCUAUUGUUCAUUGUUGGCUACAAGAGAAGCCAUGUGUUGCAUACCUUUUGCAACUUUCUCUUCAAUCAACUUCAAAAGUUCUAGCUAUACAAGGACUGCAAAUUUGUCCUGCAUUUGUUAUGAAAGUAUGUAUUAUGUAUAUCUUGUGUUUUCGCGCAACACAGUAGAGCUUUUAAUUUAAGAAGAAACAGAACUCUGCCAUGGAUACAAGUGGUGGUUGUAGAGACAAGUCUUGUGAACAUUUUAAAUUUAUGGUGCAAUGCAUUCUUCAGGCUUAUACUGGC